GCCAUAACUGCUGCAUAACCUUUUUGAAUUUUUUUUUCCAUUUUUCUUUUUUGAAAUUUGUUCCGUCUAAACUUUGUCUUUUUUUCGAUGUCACUUGCAUUUGCUCCACAAGAUGUGCGACAAGGCGUGCCUGAUCAUCGCAGUACGGUACAGGCAUUACUCAAUGAAAACUCAUCACUAAUCAAGUCAAUUAGAGAUUACCUGAGCAUGGGACGUACCGAAGAAGCGGCGAAGUAUCAGCAGCUUUUACAUCGAAAUCUAAUUCACCUCGCACAAGCAGCAGAUCAGUCUUUGCUAGCACAACUCAGGGAUGAAAACGCUCCAAACGAUGAGAAUCUGCAGUCAACGCCUGCAGUUUCUGAAGCGAAUGCACCUCCAGCAUCAGCGGCUCCAGCGGUUCCCCUUGUAGCCGUUCCACCCGUAACGUCCUCACCAUACGCAAUGCCGCCACAACCUACUUCACAAGCAAUGAUGCCUCCACCAGUCAUGCAAAUGCAACCGUCCGUAGCCGCCAUGCCGCCGACAUCGCAGCCACAAAUGGGUCCACAAGGUCUCCCACCUGGGCAAGUGAUGCCGGGAGCUUAUCCGCCGCAUGGCUACGAGCAACAAUUGAUGUAUCAGCAGCAACAAGCACCACCACAGCAGCAACCAUACAUGCGCUAG